ACACGUGAUGCCUCAACGCGGAAGAACAUGUAAAGCGGACGGUUUCUAUCAUAUUAGAAACUUCUUGCUAAUAGUUCCCAGUGUAAAUAAGCUGAUUAGUUGGGGGAGAUGGCCGGAGAAACAGAAAAGGAGAUACCUGCUACCUGUCGCCAAGGCAACCACGCCGUGUGGUCACGCCUCUUUCUCUCUCUCUCUUUUUGUUUUAGAAUCCGGAGCCGUCUUCACUUUUGGAAAGCGUGAAUACGCAGAUAAUGCCCCCAGUAAAUUCUGGUUAAAAAAUGAUGUCCCUUGGAGAAUUGCCUGUGGAGAUGAGCACACAGCCCUGGUGACAGAAAAUGGGAAGCUGUUUAUGUUUGGCAGCAAUACCUGGGGACAGCUGGGCCUCGGAACAAAAGCCACUGUGAAUAAACCCAGUUGUGUGAAAGCACUAAAGUCAGAGCGGGUGAAGCUUGCAGCCUGUGGAAGAACUCACACACUUGUUUAUACAUGUAAAUAGAUAGAGGCCCUGUAUGCCUCUGGAGGGAAUAAUGAAGGACAGCUCGGUCUUGGUGACUGUGACAACAGAACUUCCUUCCACCUGGUGGACUUCUUCAGCAAACAUGGACCAGUCAAAAUGCUCUCUGCUGGUUCCAACACAUCUGCUGCCGUGACGCAGGAUGGCAGGCUGUAUAUGUGGGGCGAUAACUCAGAGGGCCAGAUUGGAUUGGGGAAGGAGAGUAAUGCACUGACUCCUCGGGAGGUUUCUGUGGGGAAACGAGUGUCCUGGGUGUCCUGUGGAUAUUAUCAUUCUGCCUUUGUUACUAAGGAUGGGGCCUUGUUCACAUUUGGAGAAAAAGACAGUGGGAAGCUGGGCUUGUCAAAAGAGAAGCUGGCCAAUCAUAAAGUGCCUCAACAGCUGACAGGCAUCUCUGAUAAAGUGGUGCAGGUUUCCUGUGGAGGAGGUCACACAGUGGCUCUUACGGAGCACGAGGUGUAUUUGUUUGGCCUGGGUCAGUUUGGACAGCUCGGUCACGGCACUUUCAUAUUUGAGUCACGUUUACCCAGAGUGGUUGAGCAUUUCAGAAGGAGCAGAGUAAAACGUGUGGAGUGUGGAGAGAACCACACAGCGCUGAUUACUGACAGCAGACUUUUGUACACCUUUGGUGAUGGUCGACAUGGAAAGCUGGGGCUUGGAGAAGAGAACUUCACCAACCAGUUCAAACCAACCCUGUGUCCAAGAUUCCUGGACUAUCAAGUACAUUCUGUUACUUGUGGUGUGUGUCACAUGCUUGUGUUGGCAAAGCCCAGGCCCGAAGAGUCGGAGGAACUGAUCCUGGAGGAGGAUGAUGUCACAGAAGACUACUUUGAGAAGUCCUAUACUGAAUUACUGGGGGACACGCAAAGUCAGAUCACCCUUCAUAGGAGUCUCUCGGCUCGGGUCAGACGCAGAGAACGGGAGCGUUCACCGGAUCAGUUUGGACAGAUGUUUCAAACACUUCCAGCCCUGGGUGGAAAUCAGCUGAGUGCAUCUUUAUCGGUUUCCAGCCAGAUCCAUCAAUCUCACCGAAAACAACCGGGAAAGAUCCCUCACAACAGUCUCAAAAUUCCCAGAAAGAGAGAAAAGUCUCUCGAUGACCGAAGCAGUGUGGAGGAUAAUGAGAGUGUAAAAGACCUUGGAGAAACCACUGACUUAUUAAACCUGACUCAUGUAAUGAAGAUGGACCCUAGCGAUAAGACUCUAACAUUGGAGAAGAAGAAUGUUAAGCUUGUGAAAGAGCACGGUAAGGAGAAGGGGAAGCCAAGAGUUGAACCUGGCCUUUAUAGAAAGAGGGCAGAGCUUUUAGCUCGCAAAGCUCUUCCAACUGAGUUACUUAAAAGUUCAAGUAGUAGCUCAGUAGUCGGAGACAGUCUCGGGUCAGGGACUCCCCUUAAGAGACAUGGUCAGGAUAAGGAAAAUGUACUUCUAGCUUUGGAGGACAGAAGGCUUGCACAUCACCAAGUUGCAGGAAGUAACACAAGAAUGGGGACGGACAUAAACAGAGCUGGAUCCAAAUCCUUCCAGCCCAAACACAAACAGUUGAUGAAGUCAAGGGAUAGAGUCACAGGAAAAGACUGUGUGAAUAAAGUCCAGAUACUUGAGGAACAUUCAAAGGUAGAGGCUGAAAGUGAGAAGGUUGCUCACAAGUCAAAAGAAAGUACAAAAACAAACCAAGAAGGUAAAACAAAACCCAAAGGUCGUCCACUGGAAGUCAGUAGUCGGUCUCAAAAGGGUAUGGGGGUAGAAAAAGAAGUAAAAACGAAACCCAUAAUAGUUGUUGAACAAUAUCUUGAACAGACCACGCAUAAAGAGCCAACAGGUAAGAAGAUCUCAAAAGAGAUUUUACCAAAAGCUCAGAAGAUGAAAGGUGAAAUGAACACUGCUAAGACAGAAACCAAAGGUUUUGUCCAACAGAGCAAAAAGUUAGAUUCCAAAAAAGACUCCAAAAGUAAAAAGACAGUGCAAGAGCUCUCCACUAAUUCAAAACAGUCCCCUUGCCAAGAAGAAAUUUCUACAAAGAAAACUAAAAAAUCAAAAGCGGAACAAAGCCAAUUGCUAAUAAAGGACAAAAAGGUGUCUACCAUUAUCUCAGAAGCUGCCUUCAAAUCUGAAUCAGAGUCAGAGCAAAUGAAGGAAAAUCCUCUCACCAAGGUGACAUCUUUUCUCCAAGAUGUGGGACAGGGAGGUCCUGCUCGUUUACUUGGAGAUACAGCAGUCAGUCAGUUCCUUUCCCAGUCUACACCCCCAAAAAUGCCAAAACCUCUUUCAAAACAGAGAACUCUGUCUGACGUUUCAUCCCUGAGUGAGUCUUUUGAGGUUUCAGGACAAGAGGAGACAAGAGAGGCCAAGAAGACGGCUGUCACCAUCAGUGUUAAGGCAGAGCCAGAAACUUCAGAUGGGGACCUUGAAAGAACCAGCACUGAGAAGAAAAGCGAGGGAUUGGUAAACAGAAAGGAUGGGAGUGAGGAAGUGGAUGACCAAGAAGAAGAAAGCGAGGGAUUAGUAAACAGAAAGGAGGAGAUUGAGGAAGUGGAUUACCAAGGAGAAAAAAGCGAGGGAUUGGUAAACAAAAAGGAUUGGAGUGAGGAAGUGGAUGACCAAGAAGAAGAAAGCGAGGGAUUGGUAAACAGAAAGGAGGGUAGUGAGAAAGUGGAUGACCGAGAGGAGGAAAGUGAGAGAGAGACCCUAGCAAAAGAUGAUGAUUCUGAGGUUGAUGAUGAUACGACGAUCAAAGCUUCUAGUGAGGAUGAGGAAAGUGGGGAAGAGGAGGAGAAAAGUAAAAGUGAGGCUACUGAGGAUGUAGAGAGUGAAGCUGAAGAAGAGGAGAGUCAUAGAAUGGAAGAUGAGGAAGAGGAAACAAGUGAGAUAAGUAGAAACAGUGAAGAAGAGAGUGGAGAAGAUGAGGGUGAGCAAACAAGAGAAGGGAAAGAGGAGGAGGAGAGUGGAGAGGAAUCAGAGGGAAAGACAGAGAGCAGAAGUGACGAAUCAGAGGAAGAGUCAGAUGAAGAAGAAGAGGAUGAGGAGUCAGAGGAGAGAGAUAGUGAGAAUGAGGAAGAAAGUGAAGUGGAAGGUGACAGUGAGGCAGAGGAGGAUGAAGACGUUGAAAAGACUAGCGAAGAAGAGGAGGAAGAUUUAGAAAAGCAGGAGAGUGAGACUGAAGAUGAGGAAGAUGAAGUGGAGAGUGAAAAUGAAGCAGAGGAGGAGGAAAGAGAGGAAGAUAAAGAGAAAAAUGAGGAGAAUGAGGAAGGUAAAGAGGAGAGUGAAGGAGGUCAAGAGGAUGAGGAGGAUGAAAGUGAUGAAGAUGAAGCAAUGAGUGAGAAUGAUGAAGAAGAGGAAGAAGAAAAUGAAAAUGAAGAGGAAGAAAAACAGGAGAGUAACGAGGAAGAAGAAAGUAAUGAUGAGGAAGAACAUGAAGAGGAAGCGGCAGAGGAAGAGAAAGCAGAGGAGGAAGAGUCUGAAGAAAGAGAGGAGACCGAAGAAGCAGAGGACGAGGAGGGAGAAGAGGAGAACAAUCAAGAAGAAGAGCAAGAGAAAAGUGAUGAAGAGGAACAAGAAGAAGAGGAAAAGGAAAAGGCCAAAAGAAAACAUGGCAAAGCAGCUGAAUCCACCAAACGAAAGUCAAGUGUGGAAACAUCAAAACAGCCGUCAAAAGCUAAACGGAGCCGAGCGCAAGAUCAUCAAUCAGAUGACGAGUCCCAUGAGUCUAAGCAGCUUUGGGAUGAUGUUCUACCUCAAUACCUUAAUCUAAAAUAAUUCAGCAAACUCAACCCCAUCUUUAUUUAGUUAACGAGUUAAUGACCUUGCUGUUUCAUGUUUGCCUUUUGUGUCCUUUUUUGCUUUCGUCUUUUUUUAUUUUAUUUCACUAUUAUUCUUGCAAUUUGACCCA